AUGUCGACCUCCUUAAUCCUCAACGCCUUCACCCAUCCCCACCCCUGGGCACCCACCACCAUACGGCUCUCGCCCACUCCAUCUCUCAUCUCCGCGCAAGCCUCGAUAACACACCAACUCUACAUCCUAGACUGCCGCGGCCACGAUGCACGCGACAUGCAGCGAACGCUCAACUACAUCACAGCCGAGCUACGGAUGCGAGAAAUCGAAGACUUGGCUCUAGCAGAAGCCAGUCGCAAGAUCGCGAGCGCAGAGGGCGAAGAGAACAGCAAAGACGGUAAGACGGAACCAUGGAUCAAGAAAAAGGACGGAGGUGCACGGAUGCGGGAGAUGGAAGAUGAAGAUAAACGUUGGGAGAAGGAAAGUGGUGGAAACCCGCGGUGGGGCGAAGGUAGGACUGUGCAUCUGUACGGCAAGUGA